UCUGACUGCCGCUUCCUGCUGACGCACCGCACAGUUUUUGCAGCAGUGUUUUGGUUUGGUUUAUUGAUGCUUAGGAGGCUCGUCUGCUGCUUACACACACACACAAACACACACAAACACACACACAAACACACACACACACAGCCGGUUUCUGUCGCCUUUUUUUUUUAUUUUAUUUUUUUUGUUUGCUCGUCGUUUCAGUUCGCUGAAACUAAACACCACGCCGGUCAGAGAUGGCUCAGUGCUCCGAGUCUGCUGACGUUUCCUCCGCGGUCAACGGAGAGCCGAAGAAGGAGAGGAAAGUGGCUGUUAUCACCGGCAUCACCGGACAGGAUGGUUCCUACCUGGCCGAGUUCCUGCUCGCUAAAGGCUACAAGGUUCAUGGGAUUCUGCGUCGCUCCAGCUCCUUCAACACGGGUCGCAUCGAGCAUCUUUACCAGAAUCCACAGACGCACACUGAAGGCAACAUGAAGCUGCAUUAUGGAGAUCUGACGGACAGCACUUGUCUGGUGAAGAUCAUCAACGAGGUGAAGCCCACAGAGAUCUACAACCUGGGCGCUCAGAGCCACGUCAAGGUACGGUCAUAAACACAUCCUAGUCCA